CAUUGCCAAUGAUCCACGAUAAUUUCGCGUCGGUUUCGCGAUCUCACGAGAUCUUCCUCGCCGCACGAAAAUCAUCUGUGACUUCUUUCGUGUAGUGUUGAAUUCCUUUUCGUACGCGAGAACUUCUUGUUACGUUUCCGAUGCGAUUUCGCGCGUCUUCCCGCCAUCGCCGAUGACGUACCUUGAGUCUUUGUUUUCGCUUUAUUGUCGUCCUCUCGAUUUUAUUUACGAGUGUCUGCGAGCGGUUUCGGAUGUCGACGCAGUGUGCUAUCGUCUGUUAACAAGUAAUAAUGAGCAAAGUAAAGGAUUCUCCACCAACUGAUGCUGAAGGUGAAGAAGAGUUCAGUGUAGAAAAGGUUUUAGACCGAAGAGUUGUAAAGGGCAAGGUAGAAUAUUUUUUAAAAUGGAAAGGAUACUCUAACGAUGAAAAUACGUGGGAACCUGAGGAGAAUUUAGAUUGUCCUGAUCUGAUCGCUCAAUUCGAGGAACAGCGUAAAAAGAAGGAAGCAGUAGCAUCUGGCAAAAGAGGUCAUGAAGAUAAAGACUUGAAGAAACGAAAGAGUAGCAGUACACCAACACCUUCGCAAGCUAAGAAAAAGGCAGGAGCUGAAGAGAAAAAAUUGGAAGGUUUUGACAGAAACCUGGAGCCUGAACGUAUUAUAGGCGCAACUGAUUCCAGUGGAGAACUUAUGUUCUUAAUGAAAUGGAAGGGAACAGAUGACGCGGAUUUGGUGCCGGCGCGCAUCGCCAAUGAGAAGUGUCCACAGAUCGUAAUAAAGUUUUAUGAGGAACGACUCACAUGGCACAGUCCUGCCCAUGAUGAAGACAGUUCUACAAAACCUGACCCGGAGUAGCGUCCAGCCUUCCGAUACGCGUACACGGCGCGCUUUAGGAUCUGCCGUAUUUAGCGGCGCUUUCUAAUUCGCACGUGACAAAAGAGAGAAGGAAAAAUAAAUAAAGUAAAAACAACAAAAAAGAUAAUUGAACAAAUAAAUCCGCGGAUUUCUCUAUUGUUAUUGCACAGUGGAAAUUAAAUAUAAAUUUAACAUUUCAUUUUUUUAAGAAUUUUUGUCAAGUUACGAGCGAGCCAGAUCAGAGUCUAAUACACGUACAUUGUCGAGAAAUCAGUGAACUGUAUUGACACACAAUCAAUAGCGUUAUUAUUUAUCAAUAAUAUAUAAAGCAUAAUGCUACUAGUAACAUAUAAAAUAUGAAUUUUUAAGUAGCAGUCCUACAAUAUCGUUGAUUUACACAUCUUAAAGAUAUUUCUUAAAGAGAUAUUACACACAUUUUUCAAUAUAUAUUCAUAAAAAAUAUUCUUACGCUUUUAAACGAGCGGUAGAGGCUCGUUGAACUUGUUUUACUCUUCCUUCUGUAUUCACUGCGUAUCAACAUGUUCAAGCUCUCGCAUCUAUGCAAAGUGCCUACUCAUUCUUCGAAUUUGUCAAAGAUAAUUAAACCGCGAUUUAAUGGACUAUGUGAGACGUGUACGAUUGAAUUAUUUUAAUACCUAUCACCAUAAAAGUUGUACCAAAAUUUUACGACGGGAAGAAAUAAAAGCAUAAAGAAUAAAAGAAAUAUAUUUUCGCACACUCAUACAUAGAUGCGGAGAUAUCAAUUGUAUACCACUAUCAUCGGGCUGAUCAACUUUCUUGAAUCAUAUAUUUGAACAUCUUUAUUCUCAGUAAAAAUUGAGACAUUUAAGCCCAGUUUCGCAAUUUACUAACCAGAAUUUACCUCUCGCUAAAGGUCUAUCUAGGUAAACUUACCGUGUUAUUCAUAUGCAAAAAAUAAUGUAAAACAUGUCUAGUGUAAAAGGCAUCCUUUCGCUGCACGGAUCAUAAUUCGUUAAUUGUAUGCAAUAUAUAAUUAUGUAUGUUUAUCUGGAUAGAUGUUCACAACGACUUAAAAAAGUCGUUAAAGUUGUAAAACCAAGCUAGGUUGUGGAAAAGUAAGUCACUUUCGAUUAUUAUUUAUUCUGAAAUUCAAAUACGAUUUUUAACAAAAAAUGUACGAUUUAUAUAUAAAUUCGCAGAUAUAUCCAAUUAAUUGAUCCGAAAAAAAUGACGUUUCUGGGUAUGAUGUAUAAUGCAACGGGAAUACGGAAAUUUUAAACACAAAAUCUGAUCUCUCUUCAAUUUAGCCCACAUUUACGUUGUCUAAUGUGAAUGUAGCUCGUGCACUCUUUCGUAUAUUUAUCCUCACGUAGAAAAUUUUGAAAUUGUAUAGUAUUUUUGUACUUUUCACACUUUCAUAAUUUAAUAGCUAACUUAUAAAAUUAUUUAGAAAUGACGGGAUCCAAUGCCGUUAUUGAAAAGUGUCAUUUAUACUAAAUAUACGUAGUGCGUUCGAUUA